CCCAUAUAUCAUGCUACGACCUGAUCUUGAACACCCCCUGCCUUACCCAUCAUAUGCCAAGCACGUCAAUCAGAAGACAAGCUCAAACACUUUCCAAGAUGGCUCCCCGAAUUAUCCUCUACAGCGCCGAUGUCUGCCCCUUCGCUCAUCGAGCCAGGAUCGCACUCGCCGCUUCCGGUGCAGAGUAUGAGACUGUCGAGAUCGACCUUCAGAACAAGCCCGAGUGGUACCCUAAGGUCAACCCCGCUUCGAAGGUCCCUGCUAUCUGGUACGACGCACCUAAAGAUGCCGAUCCUUCGAAACCGUCCAAAGAGGCUUUUAUCUUGCCUGAGUCAGGGUUGAUGGUCAAUUUCCUGGCGGACGUCUUCCCAGAGAUCGCUGACAAAGACCCUCUGCAAAAAGCCCGAGCGGCCUUUAUCGCCUCUCAAUAUGAACCCGUCUUCGGAGCUUGGUUCGCUUACGUCCGUUCGGACGGGGGGAAGGAUCAGAAGGAGUUUGGGGACUUUAUCCAGGCCCUGAAGGACUUUACGGAAAAGUACUUGCCGGACGAGUAUGUGGAGUCGAAGGGGUUUAAUACGGCUGAUAUCUUGAUGGGACCUAUGAUCACGCAAAUGAACAUCUGGAUCGAGAAGAACAUCGCCGACUGGCCCAACAAGUCUGCCGGACCCGAUCUCAAAGAAGCUUUGAAAGCGCCCGACUUGGAAAAGUUUAUGAAGUAUCAUGACAAGCUGGCCAACUGGUCCGCAUUGACUUCCACCCGAAAAAACACGUCUUUCAAGGGCGCUUCGGCCAAGGUCAAGAGCAUGCGAGAGAGCAAGCAUUGAGCGAUGGCUGCUUUACCGUCCUGAUCGAACAUGCUGUAUCCAAUUCAAAUGAACCUAAUCUGAGAGAAUGACCUACUG